CAAACACAUCUCGGGAGGGAGGCUGUCGAAACCCACCAGCAACUCACCACGAAGCUUCCUGGAUCGAUUGGUUUGGCACUUGGAAACCAUCACAGCCUCACACAGCACCACAAGCUCCCACUAGCACAGCAUGGCCACCAGCAAUGGACCCCUGAUAUGGAUUGAUUGCGAGAUGACUGGGCUGGAUCCAGACCACGAUGAGAUCAUUGAGAUUUUCUGCAUCAUCACGACCGGGCAGCUGGAGGUUCUUGACCCAGAGGGCUGGGGCACGGUCAUACACCAGACGCAGGAGCGCAUGGACAUGAUGGACGACUGGUGCACACGGACACAUGCAGAGAGCGGUCUGACUGCCGCCGUCGUGGCGUCGACGGUGACGCCCGAACAGGCGGCGGACGAGCUGCUCGCGUAUAUCAAAAAGUAUGUACCGCGACCCGGCGCGCUGCUGGCAGGCAACAGCGUCCAUGCAGACCGGGCGUUCCUGCGCAAGGAGCCGUACAAGAAGAUUGUCGACCACUUGCACCACCGGCUGCUCGACGUGAGCGCGAUCAAGGAGGCCGCGAGACGCUGGGGUCCGCCGGGAGUGCUUGACCAGGCGCCCAUGAAGAAGGGCCUGCACCAGGCCAAAGCCGACAUCCUGGAAAGCAUCGAGGAGGCGCGAUACUACAUGGAGAACAUAUUCCAGGCUAGAAACAAAACACAGCAAUAAACAAAUCCAGUGCGCAACGA